GUCGCGUGGUUGGGAGCGGCGUGAACGGGGGGCCCGGGAGCAGUCGGCCCCUCAGCGUCCCGGGCUGGUCCUGCCGGCCGACUUCCCUGGGGCCGGCGGUAGCUGAGAGGGAGAAGAACCUGUUGGAAACUGGCCGGGGAUGAGAGGGCGCGCUGCCGCUCGUGUUUGUGCGGGAGAGGCGGCGGAGCCUGUUGCUGUUGUUGUUGCCGCCUCUCCUCUCCCUUUGCUGCCCUUGUGAUCGUGACUUGAAGUAAGAGUCCAGGAUGAGUUAUGCAGAAAAACCUGAUGAAAUCACGAAAGAUGAAUGGAUGGAAAAACUUAAUAACUUGCAUAUCCAGAGAGCGGACAUGAACCGCCUUAUCAUGAACUACCUUGUUACAGAGGGCUUUAAAGAAGCAGCAGAGAAAUUUCGAAUGGAGUCUGGAAUUGAACCCAGUGUUGAUUUAGAGACUCUCGAUGAAAGAAUAAAAAUUCGAGAAAUGAUAUUGAAAGGGCAGAUUCAAGAAGCUAUCGCGUUAAUAAACAGCCUCCAUCCAGAAUUGCUAGAUACAAACAGAUAUCUUUACUUUCAUUUGCAGCAGCAGCAUUUGAUUGAACUGAUUCGGCAGCGCGAGACAGAAGCAGCUCUGGAAUUUGCUCAGACCCAAUUAGCAGAACAAGGCGAGGAGAGCAGGGAAUGCCUGACAGAAAUGGAGCGUACGCUGGCUUUGCUUGCCUUUGAUAAUCCCGAAGAAUCACCAUUUGGAGACUUGCUGAACAUGAUGCAGCGACAGAAGGUAUGGAGUGAGGUUAAUCAAGCUGUUCUAGACUAUGAAAAUCGUGAAUCAACACCCAAGCUGGCAAAAUUGCUGAAGCUACUACUGUGGGCUCAGAAUGAGCUGGACCAGAAGAAAGUGAAAUAUCCCAAAAUGACAGACCUCAGCAAGGGGACGAUUGAAGAACCCAAGUAAAAAGUGUGCAGAUGGACAUCAAACAAUCUUAGUACUGCACAGUAUACGUUUAUAUCAGUCUGUGACUGAAAUAUUUUUACUACAGUACAGCACUCAAUUCAGAUUUUUCAAUGAACAUCUAAUUUGAAGGGAGAAAAGUCCCUUUUAAAUGCUGCAAAAACUGCAUUGAAAGGCGCUGUAUCUCUUUGAAAGUCUGACUUAGGCUAUGCACUAUAAUACAUUUUUAAAAACAGGACAGGAUAUAAAAUAGCAUUUUUAAAAGUACAGAACUCAAGCUUUCUAAUUGGCUGCUGAUGCCUAGUUUAGUGGCCGGUGAGUUAACACGGAGUUAUAUUGGCAACUAUUCAGUUAAGUUUAACUGUCUCCUGUUUGAAAUGUGUAUAUAGAACAGUGAAUAUUUUCUACCUUUAAGUUAUAGCCAGAUAUACAUUCCCCUUAAAAGUAACUGGUCAAGUUUUCCUCUAUAAACUUUGCAGUAAGAUCAACCGUUUUGCUUAGGAAAUAGUGUACAAACUUGUAAAUCAUAAUUUAAGGACUUUUUUUUUUCCUUGUUUCUGACUUUUUGGUGCUUUAUAUGGUGAGAGCUAUGUUCAUAAUGGAUCAGUCACCCAUCUUUUCAGGAGGAGUAUUGUUGGAAAUAAGUUUUGGGUUUUUUUUCUUAAUUUUCGCAAAUGACCAAAAUGGCCCCAGAGGCAUUUGAGGGUUUUUGUUAACAGGGGCCUUUUCCCCCUAUACUAAAUUUGCAGCUGUAGACACUGCAGUGAUUCCACUAAAGCUUUGAAGGCCACUGGAUGUUUGUAAGCUGGGAGACGUGCUUGUGUUAGGAAAUGAUGUGGGGGGAGAGAUGCUCGUUGAAGCCUCUGAUGCCUCGUCUUGCGCAGGAUUUGCCUUUAUGCUUGCUAAAAAACAAUUGUAGUUUUAGAGCUACUUGGGCUGUUUUCAUGCCUUGAGCUGAGCAGAGCAGGGCUGUCUAAAAUGAGAAAUCUCCAUUCUCUUGAUUCUUCCUCACCUUUCUGAAGAGAUGCAGUUCAUCUUCACCUGUAUUUGUUUACUGACUGUUCUCACUCCAGUUAGGGUUAUAGUUUUAAUGUCUUACAUGUCAAGUCCAGACUUUCAAGUCAACAAAUUGUGAUCUUCUGGGUAUGGGAUGUUCUGGUCGAGUUAAUUUUUCAGCACUGUACGCUGGUAUAUAUCCAGUGGUAGUAAGCACUAAUCUUGCCACAUCGAUCUCUAGAUUUUUAGGUCCGUAUAUCAGGUUCUUAGAGAUUUGCUGAACAAAGACCGAUGGGUGAAAUAGCUGAACAUCAUGAGGCACGGGCAGUUGUCACACCAGUCCCAUACUGUACAUAAUCUAGUCUUGUAUGGUAGAUAUUACCCUGUAGAAUGAAACUUAGUUUUCACUUAAUUUUACUGGAAUACUUAUGCAUUAAACUGUAUAAAGCUUUGCAGAUACACCUGACUUAUGGAAAAUAACAAAACCUGUUACUGAUUGCAUUACUGUGAACACUGUUUACUCGUGUAGCUAUUUUUUGUGGGGGGAAACUGUUGUUUAUUAAGCAGCUAUUAGAGAGCCGAGCGCCAAGGUUAAGCUAGAUGAUGGAUAUAACAAAGUGAUUUGUUCCCAUUUAUUACUGAUCGUGCUGUUCUCCACUUUGAGGCAUUUGUGAUACCGAGUCUUAAAGUUUAUACAUGACAAACAAGCGAUCAGUAGCCCCCCAGCUGCAGCUGCGGUCUGGCUUUCCUUCACCCGGGCUGGUUAUUCUCACACUAAACUUUGAACAGUUGUGGAGUUUGGGUUGGUUUUUUUUUCCCUUUUUGUUUAUUUUUCCCUUUUCCAUUCGGUUGAUGUCUAAAAACCAUGUAUAAACUUUUAGUUUGUGAGAAACUGUAUGGUUAAUGUAACUUUGUUUAAUAACAAACUGCAGAAACAAAACUGGAAUAGCUCAGAUUUCUUCCUCUGUAACUGAUCAGCUUUUCCUCUGUUUUGACACUUGUGUUGUUAAAUCUCAUCUAAAGCUUCUCCUGGAUGAAGUGGAAAGUGGUGUGUUUUUGUGGCAUGACUCGCAUUUUUCUCCAUGAGAAAUGCAGUAUUACAGUCCUGGUUGAGAAGUUCACUGUACUUCUAGAACGCUACAUUAAUUUCAUAUAGUAUUUGGGCAAAGAUCGAGCAUAGAUUACUUGAAUUUUCACUAGCUUGGGUUUUUUUUCCAUUAAAAAAUAAACACGUUUUUUAAGGGGUUUCAUAUAAAAUUAGUAUAGAACUAUUUCACUUUGUUUUUAUGAACAUGCCACAUUGAUAAGCAGCUUUAAUCUGUAAAGUUUUUGGUAACUGCAAGAAAAUAUUCGAAAGCUAUGCAUUUUAGAGAAAGCAGAAAGGUAGUGAUAAUGGUACUUCUAAGGAUCUUUAUAUUAGUGUAUAUAAAAUAGUUUGCAUAUACAAAUAUAAUAUAUAAUCUGUUUGAAAUAUUCUUGAAUGGUAGGGGCUGUGAAGCAUAUUAUAAUUUAUGGAAAUAUUGUACACAGUAAACAGACCUCUCAGUACACAACUGAACUUUUGUCAUAUGCAUGAGAAAUGUCUUAUUUGGUGACUACUAAUGAAUGGGAUUUUGUUAACCCAUUUUUGUUAGAUAACCACUUUAACAAAUAUUAUUAAAUGCCACUUUGAUCAGUUUGCUUUAGUGUAAAAAUACGUAUUUUGUUCCACUUAAUUUAGAACAAGAUGAAAAUAACUUUUGUAAGAAGAUCUGUUCCCAACUCAAUGGUGGCAAACCAAUCUGUUAACUAAGCGUGGUGCACUACGCUCAUUCCUCCCCCAGCCUUCCCUUUGUUGGAAGCAAAUGUUAUUUUUUCCAUUAACGCUGUGGACAUGAAGAAGUUGGGUUGUAAAUAUCCCCUCUGCAGAAAGGCUGUGUAUCAGGUGUGUUUUGAUUAGGCUACAAAUCUGCUUUUCCAAUACCUCUCGCCUCCCCAGUAACUGUCACCUUCACUGUUCCCCUGUUACUUUUCUGCCUGUCAAAUCUGAGCUAAACUGUGGUUGCUUCUGUUGUACAGAGGAGUCAGUUGGGAAGGGUGGGAGGUACUGGGUUUCCAUGAAGAUGAAGUACUGGUGGUACUUCCUGAGAAAUACUGAACUGUUUGAUUUCAUAGAGCUGGAAAAACAGAGGCUGCUGCACAGGAACCAACAGCAGAAUUUGAAGUAAAGCUUUUCCUCUCAAGGCUUUUGAAGAGGCAAACGUACACAGCUUGGAACCUGGGGAAGCACCUCUCGCUCUUUAAGGUUAUUUCAUUGAAACACUUUCAGUUCCUUCCGCCCACACUGCAAGAAAAAUGGAAAUGAAUGUGGAGAGCAAUUACGUAGCAUUGAAGAUGUGUGAAAUUACCUGGAAGGAAUUCUGUCUGCUUUCCACUCCUUGUACAUAUAAGGGAAGCCAUGAUGUUAUUCUAGGAUGACUUUAUUGUUUUUAAUUUGUAAAAUUUAUGCUUUGUAUGCUUGAGUAUAAGCUUAAAAGCAUUACUUAAAAAAAAAUCCUUGACUAGUAGUUGAGUGUUGCUCGACUUAUUUCAAACCACUUUCUGUCCAAGUUCAUUAAGAAGCUUAUUAAAUUGAGUUGGAGCGUGA